UGUUCAAAGCAUCAUCACACUCCAAACAAAUCAGAUUCGACUGUCAUCCUAUUUUCUCAAAAUGGGGAAAACCCAAUAUCUAUGGAUCAGGUAAACUGUAUGAUUUUACAUUAAAAGAAAGCAAGUGUCAACACAAAUCCACUGGACCUGCCCUUCUCACAUACAGUCCUGCCAUAGCAUUACCACUUUGCCGGAAAAUGGAUGAAUUAAACAAGCCAAUGAAUCUAAAUUACAAGCGACAUCUCCUUGAAAUGCAAGAUGGGGGUAAAGUCGGGGUUGAUGAGGUUACUGACAGUUCUAUAUCAAACGUAAAUUACCCUAACAUUUUAUACAUGCCUGCUGGGGGAGUUACAUCAUAUUCCCCUCGCAGUAAAAUAUGGUCUUCUUGGUUUUUGGAGGCAGGUUAUCCUCGGGUGUUUAUAUGGAACCGAAGAUGUUUUAGUAAGGUCCCUCAACACAGUCCUCAAAUCAGUAUUCCCUAUGGACAGUAUAAUGAUAUUCAUGGUGUUAUGGAUUAUCUUUCAGACUAUCUACCCAAUGAGAAAUGGAUAAUUAUAGGAAGUUGCUUUGGUGCGCAAUUUGUCUUAGAUUUCUUCAGUCAGUCGUCAUCUGAUAGACAUGACAUAUUAGGGGGAAUCGUUGACGGCUUUCAGUUCAGUGGGAAAACGUUUUUAAAGGGGAUGCAUACAACAACAUCGUUGCUUUUUAAAGCAGCACGGAAGUUAAUGGGGGAGAGUUUUGUUGAUGCUGCAUUGAACCAUGCUGCUGAUAAAGAUAUCUACAACCAAGUGUCUCAUUUAGUAGAUAGAAAGAAGUUCAAGGGUAUUGAUUUUUCUACAGCAAGUUGUUCAAAACUCAUUACCGAGGAAUUGUUAUGUAAAAUAUGCCCUGAUGCUCCAUUUAGCAAUGAAGAGGAGUAUUAUGCUAUGACAAGCCCUUACUAUGAUGAAAAUCACAAACACUUCCUCAAUAUCAAGAAGCCUGUAGCUAUGAUUUUAUCACAAGAUGAUCCAUUUUCCCCUUUUGAUUUGAAUACGAUAGAAAUCCUGAAAGAAAAUCCUAAUCUGUGUUUGUGGCUCUAUCCAGGAGGUGGUCAUAUAAGUUUUACUGAAAAGCUAUUUCCGUAUACAUCAUACCUUAAAGACGUCUAUUUGGAAAAUGCAAAUUUGUUGAUUAGAAAACAGGAUGAAUUAUGAUCUACAUUCUACAUUGCAUGGUGAAAUAAAAUCGUUGAAUGAAGCAUAGAUAAUUAUUCAGAUAUUUUUGUUCAAGAUCCGUUUAUCAACUUUAAU